AGCCGAUCACUGUCAACGAUGACUCUUUCAAUACGGUAGGGCAUCAGUCAUACUUAUCAAGUACUCGUACUGACAUAUCCGUGGAGAACAUAAAGGAGAACUAUUUCUCUUGAUUCCGAAAUGAUAGUCUCAAAAUACCAAAAUGUUGCAUAGUACAACUCAUCUACCCUAUAUGAUGCGAAGGGGGGACAAUAAUUUCUGAGUUAGACCAAUCCCCAAUUGAAGGUGAAAAGAAGAAUUAGUAGUAGCUCCAACACUCAUUUUUCCAUCUAUUGAAAUAUUUGGUAAUUUGGUACGAUGAUUACGAUUGAGUGGGUGAAUCAGUCAACUAAUAUGGGGUACGAACCGUAGUCUCACGUUCCGUUCGUAAUCAUUCUUCUCUUUAGAAAGAACAAGAAAAACAAGAGAAAAAGCAGCAUCCAAUAAAACGAGGCAAAYCGUUCCCUACCAAACAGUAAAUAGUAAGGUAUGAAAAAGAACGCAACGCCACACCAGGAAAGCAAGCAAGAAGAAGAAGCUCGUGAAAGGAAGAACAACACGAAGAGAAUGAUGAAUUCAAAGCUUGGGACGCCAACGUAAACAAUACUACGGUACUACAAAGUCUUGGAUAAUUAUUCACACGAACGUAAUACGUACUUCGUAGUACAGUAAUAGUGAUAGUAAUAAYUCUUGUCCUUUCGAAAGUACUGUACCGUACUUCUAGUACGAAGUAGAUCUUACAACGUCACAACUUAUUACUAGUGACAGUAGUAGUAGUAUUAGAAAUACCUUGUCGAUCAAUCGAAGACCUAACUUCGAAAAAAUGAACGCGGUCAUGCAGUGUUGGGACAACAUAAUCCGACGAUCCAAUGGUACAGAGAAUCAAUCUGUUCAGAAAAGUUGGAUUGGAAGGGAAGCAUAGGUGAUACUAAUACAUACCGGUACGACUACACAAAAAAGACUUUUCGGAUGGUACGGUACGUACGUACUCGGUUCUCGUACGGUUCUAGUAACCUGCGAAUCAUUUUUUCGUAUGACUUACAGUACGUACGGUAAUGCUGCAACAAAAAAUCCGAACUUGACGGCAGCGGUCAUAAAUUUGUAACCCCUCCAUCUGAAGUCUAAUACGAUUUUACUUAAAUCUAUGUUUACGGGAAUGACCCAUUAAUCAAGUUGGUCGGUACCACUGUAAAAUGUACCGGUACCAUACGGUAAGCAAUUUUCUUGUGGUGGGGUAAUAAGUAAAAAAUCCGUCGCGCGCCCCUCUAACUGUAUGACCCCUGCACUGUACCUGGUAUCGUAUCGUACGUAGUAUGUCUCAUAAUGUUCUUUCACUCGUAGACGAAUCGUGAUUUAGGCUCACAGAUUGAUCGUGUUUUCUUUUUCGGAGCAAACAGGAGUAUACCAUUGGACCCACAAAACGCAUUGGUUGCUCUCGAGGAACCCUCUUCUCUGGCCAUUAAACGCUUGGUCUUACGGCACCAGCUAUCAACGCCUGCAUCCCGAAAAAGAUCGAUUCAGCUGUACAGCAAGCGAUUUGCUUMCCAACGAGCGUAACAGGCAUAAAAACGGAACUUGUUGGAACAACGAAUCCGCACCAAAACCUGAUCAAGACACAGAAACGCGAUCGAUCGAUCGAUGCGUGCAACCAUUGAAUGUUUGCGAACACACCAUCAAGAGCGAGAUUGAGACCUACCAAUGGUUUGUUUUCUGUCUAUGUCAUAGAAGACGAAGGCAGCGCCGUUGUCGGCAAUCAAGAUAGAGACAACCGCCGGAUCUCCGACAGCAACAAAAGAUCAAAGGGAGCAGCGGGAACACCAGAAACCAUGUAUCGUCCACAGACCUUCCGAACAACAAAACCACCACCAACCACAAGAAAUCCUGGAGCAGUCGAAGGUAUAGAAGAGAACAGCAUCAAAAAGAACGAUCACAGAGACGAUGUGGAAAGCAUCUUGCAAGACGAUUUUGACUAUAUCGAAAAUACCUACGGUAAUAGUAUCAUUGAUGACACUGGCGAAGGUUACGACGGCCGCGAGCGCAAAGAUCGACCGGCGAUGAACUACACGCUGGAGCCUUCUUUGGCAAUGGGAUGUUCGUCACUGCCCUUUGGAAAAACCAGGUACGACUAUGACGGAACGCGGCAGCCACGGCGUUCCUCUCUGAAGAGGCCCGCUCGCAAUACCAACCGUAACAGCUAUGAGAUUCCCGCCAUCCACCAUUCAAACGAGCACCACGGAGGGAGCCGCAGCAAGAGCCCGGAUUCGACCCGGAACACCCUCAACGGCGUUCACGGAAGCACRCACAUUGUCCGUGUAAGGAGGAGCCUCUACCCGGUCCAGCGCCGGCGGUCCAUCCAAUUCCAGCAGGAGGCCAUGGUGCAGGAAGUGACCCCCGCUCUGAAAUUGGUGGGCGAAAACAAUCGGCGGGAGUUGUGGUUGCAGGACGAUGAGGUCAGGGCCAUCAAAGAACGAAGGCGGUCCCUCGUUGGGAAAUACAAGGAGGCGCAAAAACAGAAACAGGUGGAGGAGAGCAGGACGACCAGGCAGGAACACGAUGGCGAGCUCAAUUGCAAUACCGACGCAGACAAUAGCAAACGAGUUAGUACCAACAAGAUGAAAAAGAUCCAUCUGAAUCCAAUCUGCAURAAUCUUCUGAAUGCGUUGGCCUCCUCGWUGACACAAAACAAAAGAAGUGCGGCUUCGUCUUCGUCUUCUGCUUCUUUGCCAUCCUCGGCUGCCGGGACCAGCAGGAGGAAACAUCCAACCUCUCGGAGGACAGUGAUCAAAACCCCUGGUUUCCUCUCCCCGCCACCUUCCGCACAACAACAACAACAACAACCCGAGCUAGAUCACCGAUCUCCCUCCGCCUCUUCGAUCGGCAGCAGCGCGAGCGGCAGCGACACCGAUUCUUUGCGGGGGCUCGAAAAGUACAUUGAUCGGAGCGGCAAGCUCCAGAAGAAGGAGGUCUGGAACGCCGUCCUCCUCGAACAGGACGAACAGGAGCAACUAGGCUACUACGACGACGAAAAGAUCGCACACCUGUACAGGAACAUACUCAUAGAGCACGACGCACAGAAAACCGUUCUGGACCGGGCUCGGAAGGACCGAAUCGCCGCCGAUAGCUACCUGAUGACUCCCCGAACGAUGAAGCUCAUGAACAAAGUGACAAUGACGCACGCGCCGGUACUGGAUGCCGAGAACAUUGUUCCCCUGGCCAUCAACGAGCUGCAGCCAAAGCAAGAUUCGAGAUUGUUGCAAACCAAAACCAAAACAGCAACAAUAGAAGGACCACCUUCGAGGCAGUUGAGCGAUUUCGAACACAGCAGUUACUACAAUAUUGCAACAAGCUGUGGUAGUUGCGACGGCAGCAUUUACCAAAGAGAACCGCGGAGAGUAUCGGUUUGAAUUACUACUACUAACCGAAAGUUCGAGGUUUUCGAAAACUAUGGGUAAUCAAUACUUUACUAAGAU